GGCUACAAAUACCUUUACCUUCAACAAGCGGAGUCAUAAUAAUUUCGCCUUCAGUACAUUAACAUCAAGACGAAUACUUUCAUCCAACAGUUCAGUUGCGCCAUGACAAACACUCCGUUCGUUAUAUUUCUCUUUGUUGUGGCUACAGUGACUGCAAAAAUAUAUAAGAAAUGUGAACUAGCCAAAGAACUGAAAUACAAGUACGAGUUUGAUCUUAAAGAGAUACCGGUGUGGGUGUGUAUCGCUAAACACGAGUCGAAUUUCAACACAACCGCAGUGAAUAGAGGCAGUGGUGACCAUGGAUUGUUUCAAAUCAGUGACCUCUAUUGGUGCGAUACGCAACGCCAAGGACGAGCUUGUUAUGCUCAAUGCAAGUUUUUUGAAGACGAUGACAUAAGUGAUGAUAUUGAGUGUGUCAAAACAAUUUACGAAGAACACGAAAGGAUUUCGGGGAAUGGAUUCGAUGCCUGGGUUGUGUAUUCCCAUUUCUGUAAGGAUAAGAAUUCAACAUACCUUGAAGAGUGCUUUCAUCCAGUGGGAACCAACGUAUCUAAAAACAAUUUUCAUAAUGCUUCUGAAGGGUUGGACGGAAAAAGAAGGGAAGAAGAAAUUAUUUCAACAAUUCCUAAAGUUAUGGCAUCCGUAACAAAUACAGUAACGCAGUCGACCCCAGUAUCUUCCCAUAAAAUCGAACCAAAUGAUGAUAAAGCUCCAUCAAAGAUUAUCUUCACCAGUCUUGGGUAUUUUAUUUCGAAAACAAGUCCGAGUAUUGAUUUGCAAAAUUUGAAAAUUUCCAUACCUACACAAUCAAUUAAGACGUCAACUUCUUUCCCGAGGAAUUAUAAAUCGUCAACUACCUCUCAUUCAUCAACCACCGUAAGUUAUCGCCCCGCAGAGCACAAAAGUCAUAAACACUUCAGAGUCGGUCUUGAAAAGAAUACUGUAAAAUUACAGUCCUCUGGUCAUAUUUUCCAGGGAAUUUCCUUCUCGCGAGAUGCACUCGGUCAACAUAAAACAGGAAGGAAUACGACAUGGAGUUUUAGAGAAAAUAAAACUCCGAGAGUCUCAUUUCUACAGAAUCGAUUAGCCAAGAAAAGAUCGCAAGACGAGAUUAUACAAGAAAUAAAAUUAGGAGAGAUGUACUCAUUUCAGAGAACUAGAGGGGGAGGAUUCCAACUGAGGUUAAUAUGAGCCAUUUUAAUUGGGUGUGGAAUAA